CUCUCCUACCCUCUUUCCCCUGAGUCUGUGCUUUCUUGCCUGCUUUCUCUUUCUUUUCUGGCUCAGCCUGGGACACACGAUCAUAUCAGAGGAGGUUCAGGUCUUGCAUUUUAAUGUCAGUGAUGGAAAAACACAAGAAUGAUUCCUGGAUCCACCAGCAGGAACUGGAAGAUCCAUCUGAGAAAUACAUGAACAGCACCGAGGACUACCUGGCCUUCCUCUAUGGGCCUCCCCGCAGCCAGUUCUUCUUCCCAGUGACUGCAGUGUAUGCACUAAUUUUUGUGGUGGGGGUUAUUGGCAAUUUCCUGGUGUGCCUGGUGAUUCUUUGGCACCAGACUAUGAAGACACCCACCAACUACUACCUCUUCAGCUUGGCUGUCUCUGACCUCUUGGUCCUGCUCCUUGGGAUGCCCCUGGAAGUCUAUGAGAUGUGGCGCAACUACCCCUUCCUAUUUGGGCUCGUGGGCUGCUACUUCAAGACGGCCCUCUUCGAGACAGUGUGCUUUGCAUCCAUCCUCAGUGUCACCACGGUCAGCGUGGAGCGCUACGUGGCUAUCCUCCACCCAUUCCGCGCCAAGCUGAAGAGCACCCGGAGGCGGGCUCUCAGGAUCCUUGGCGUCGUCUGGGGCUUCUCUGUUCUCUUCUCUCUGCCCAACACCAGCAUUCACGGCAUCAAGGUCCACUACUUCCCCAAUGGGUCCUUGGUCCCAGGAUCUGCCACCUGUGCGGUCAUCAAACCCAUAUGGAUCUACAAUUUCAUCAUUCAGGUCACUUCUUUCCUCUUCUACAUCCUCCCCAUGACUGUCAUCAGUGUCCUCUACUACCUCAUGGGCCUCAAACUGAAGAAAGAUCAGCUCCUUGGGGCAGAUGAAUUGACUGCAAAUAUUCAAAGACCUGCCAGAAAAUCAAUCACCAAAAUGCUGUUUGUCUUGGUCUUAGUGUUUGCUCUCUGUUGGGCCCCAUUCCACAUUGAUCGGCUCUUCUUUAGCUUUGUGGAGGAGUGGACUGAAUCCCUGGCUGCUGCAUUCAAUCUCAUCCAUGUGGUAUCAGGUGUCUUCUUCUACCUGAGCUCAGCUGUCAACCCCAUUAUCUAUAACCUACUAUCUCGCCGCUUCCGGGCAGCAUUCUGGAAUGUGAUCUCUCCUUCUUGCAAACAGGGGCACUCCCAGCACCACCCACAGGGGCCACCUGCCCAGCGGAACAUCUUCCUCACAGAAUGUCACCUUGUGGAGCUGACUGAAGAUGCAGGUCCCCAGUUCCCUUGUCAGUUGUCCAUCAGCAGCUCUCCCCUCCCCACAACCCUCUGUAGUGGAGAGGCACCAUAAAAGGAAUGCUCAAAGAGUUGACAUUCCUCUAAUGCCACCAUCCCAUAGGGAGGGACACCCUUAAUUUAUGCCUCCUUAUAUGAUAG